CGCGGUUGCGCAUUCGCAGCUUUCCAGCCGAACAUGGGCUCACAAACGAUGUACUCCACAACCUCCGAGGAAACCUCCCUUCUGUACGAGCAGGAGCGCAAGGGCUUAAACGAGAUGCUUAUGCCAGAAGCUCCGGCUCGCGAAAUCACCAACGGCCUCAAGAAUGCAGACAAUCUCCAGCCCGAGGACGUCGAUCUACUAGCUGUCGCGCUCGGCGCACCUGCUCGGCGCGUUCUCAUGCGGGCUGAAGAGGUCGGGCCGCGAACUGGAUGGAAAGAUGGAUAUCUUUCAUCAGCCUUCGGUUUCUUG